AUACAGUACAGAUUCCGAGCACUUCUAAGUGAGAGUCACAGUCCUAAAACAUCGGUAGCUAUCAUUCGUUGAGAACAUAAUCACGGAAAUGGACAUCAAAGCAUAUUUUCUUCAAAGUUGUAUGCUACUGUCGUGUGUUUUGUCAAUGACACAAGCAUGCAUGUGUAGACCAAACCUCAAAGCUGAAGCCUGUAAAUCAGAUUUCGUAAUCGUUGCUAAAGUUCGAGAGGAGCGAGAGAUGAUGUCGCAAAAAGGAUGGGUUUUCCAUUACAGUUUAAGCGUCUCAAAAGUCCUAAAAUCCAGCGAUGCUUACGAGGGAGCAGAGAAAAUUAUGCAGACAAAGCUGCGCGGAGAUGGAUGCGGGGACCAGUUAAAGAAAGGGCAUACAUAUAUUUUUGCAGGACACGUGGGUAAAUUUGUUGACGAAGGAAAUGUUAGAAUGUUUCUGGAAACGGAAUUCUGCAAUUAUAUAGAUUUUAAAGAUUUGGACCUGAACAAGGAAGUCAAGGAGGAGAUAAACGACCUGAUUCAAAAUCCACCAGCUUGUCUUGAACGACGUGCCGACGUGGAGAGGCUGGGUGCAUUCAACGACCCUUACAAAUCUUUCGACAUGUUUAAGAUGAGGCGGUGGAAUCACCCGUUCCAGAAAAAGGAUUCUGAAUAAUUCAUAACAAUACGAUUACACAGUUUUUAUUCCUGUGAUGUUAAGAUAAAACAUAAACUAUGACAGAUGUGCUUGAAGUGUUUAACUCUUAGCCUGCUGCAGGCGAAUUUAACAGCCUUUGUAAACAGCUUGGAACCAGAUCAGACGCCGAUUAAAUCGGCGUCUGAUCAGGUUCCAAGCUGUUUGCUACUCUGACAAUAUUUCUUCCAAUUUUGGAGCAAAUUGAAUGAACUUUACAAUUUUAGCAGACGACAUUUCCAGCAGACGACAAUUUAUCUAGCAUGCUAAAGGUUAAGAACCACCUCCUACUACAUGUACAUAUAAGUAAUAUAAAAUAAAUAAGAAUUUGA